AUGUUAAACGCCACCCAGACCUCCACUUCCUCGUCCCCAAUCGGCUACGGCCCAUACUCUGCCCCAGUCCCGGCUGUCAGCUCCCCAAGCAGCAGCGUGGCCGGUGCAAUCGGAGCAACUGGCUCUGGCUACAUGCCAGCUCCCACCGGCAAUGGCACCAUCACCUCUCCUAGCACUGCACCAGUCCCAUACACUGGCUCGGCUACCACCGAGAUUGUCGACCACGAGCUCAUGCUGUGCUUCAUUAUCAGCAUGAUGGCCGCCAUCAUGAUGCUGUGA